UAGUAGUAUUGGUAUUAGUAUUACUGAUUUCUAUACCCCUUACUUAAAACGGGUAAUACGCUGAAAUUGUACUUGUAUUCAGUAGGAACGUUACCUCUAAACAGUUGGAUUUGGAAUCCAGAAACUGUUUAAUCGCGAUCUGAGAUGAUAUUUGAGUUUAACGACAACCACUCACUUAGUCCCAGACUGGUUAUUACUUUAAACCUACCUACCUUGGAAACUACCAAUUAUGACAUUGUACAAAUUACACAAACAUAACUAACCCUUGUUAUAGGAUUGAUUUCGUUUUCCCUGCCAUUGUUCAGAAUGGAAAUAUCAAUAAACGACCGGCCAUUUUUGUAUUUUUUUAAUGAAUUUUUUUCACCCUUUUAAAAAAGUUUUUUCAUCCCGUUUCGUCCAAUUAAAUGGCUGGUUUUAAAUUCGUUAUAAUUGGUUAGUUCUGUCUUAAAAUUGUUAUAAAAUGUCAGUACUUGUCGAGAGAGUACAUUUUAAUCACAAUUAUGGAGGAGAGUAACGUGCCAUGUACAAACGCUGUUGUUUCUCAUGUUGUCACAGAAACGGAGAACGUAUUUUUGACUACAUUGUUUCUCGUUGCGUUCCAAUCAGUUGAAGCGUUAAAGUGCGCUAUCAGAACUUGUAAAAGAUCUACGUACUGCCAUUAUGUGGUGAGAGAUUCUCAUUUCCACAGAGAUCAGAACUCUUAUAUAAAAUUUGUAUGUUUGAGAAAUGGCCGUAGAACACCUAGCGGUUCGUCACAGCGGAUUAGACGGAGGAGGUAAUUUGAUUAGUGUUAUUACAUUUUUUCACGAAGGACUUCCAUGAACACUCAAUGUCCGGUCUUCAUCUUUUGUAAGUUGAUAGAAGGUUACUGGACUGUUGUACGUGGGAAUGUGCAUCACAAUCACGAGUGCAAUUCCCUGAGGUACGACAGUAAUUCUUGGGUGCGCAGGUUAACGGAGGCAGAGUUUGAAACUGUGCGACCGCUCCUGAUAUCUAGGACCGCAGCAUUCGAUAUUAAGCACUUUGCUUACCAUUCUUAUGGAAAGCAUUUGAAUGAUCAAGAUAUAUUUAAUAUGCGGUACAAAGUGUUCUCACACGCCAACCUUCCUGGUGGGCUUUGCGAAUACGAAUUAGAUGAAGAAAAUUGUCUAUCGUGUUUUUUCUUCACGACUGCUGAUCAAAUUAAUUUGGCAGCUCCUUUUUGUGAUGUCAUCGGUUUUGACGGGACGUACAAGACAAAUAACGAGAACGUAUAUUUAUAUCAGGUAGUAGCCCUUGAUAUGAAUGUUAUGGCAAUACCCGUUUGUAUUGCACUUAUAAGUCGCGAAACAUCGACUUUAAUUUUUCGAUUCCUAUCGUUCUUCCAACGGUCAACCAACAAUCGACAGGUGGUAGGCAUUGUGACAGAUGAUUCACCUGCAAUAGCUGCUGCCAUCACGCAGGUGUAUCCAAAUGCCCACCACAUUUUGUGUCGUGUACAGCAUAUUCGCAAUAUCAUAAAGAGGGUAAGUCUUUCGUUCCUUAACAUUAAUCCAUUUACCGUCAUUGUAGAGGGUAAGAUCACAAGUGAUACAACUGUUAUUUCGUCUGAUGUUCACUCGAACGGUUGAAAGUUUUAGCAAUUAUUUGUAGUUAAUCGAAACAUCCGACGAAACGUUUUUCCGAUAUGUGAGAGAUCACUUGCUGCUGAAAAAACAAAAGUGGUCAACUGCUUUCCGACCAUCAGCGACGCUACUUCAACAAAAUAAUACCAACUUCGUUGAGAUA